AUGAUCUUGGGAAUGAACCACUGGCAUUUUGGCUACGAACAAAUUGUUCAAGAUUGCCGCAACGAAGAUGGUUCCGUCCUCAUGCUUUGCAAUGCCGAUGUUGAUGCCAUGGCGUCGGCCCGCAUUUUGUCGUAUCUAUUGAGAAGUGAUGGAAUCCCAUAUCAGUUGUAUCCCUGCACCAACUAUCAAGCCUUGGAAUCUUAUUUAAAAACCAAUGAGUCCGUCUUGGAAGAAGUCGAAGCCAUUGUCAUGCUCAAUUUUGGAGCCUCCAAGAAUUUGACCCGUCUCUUUGAAUCCCAACUACUGACGCAAGAUUUAAAAGUCUACGUCAUGGACUGCCGCAAACCCGUCCACUUGGCGAAUAUCUAUGCGGGGGAGAACAUUGUCGUGUUCAUGGACGAUACGACAAACAUGGAGGAAUUGCCCAGCGAUGGAGACAACUUGAGUGGAGGCGAGUCGACUUCGGACGAAGAAGGAUCCAGUGAAGAAGGCGAAGGCGAUGGGGAAAGUGAUGAAGAUGAUGAUAGUGACAUGGACGAUAGUCAAGCCGAUGAGGGGGAAGAAGAGGCUGGCUUUGACGAUGUGGAGGGUGAUGCACCACCCCAACCAAUGCCACAACAAGAUCCAGCCUAUGAUGGAGGGAACGAAUCGGAUCAUGACGACGAACAUGACAAUGAUAAUGAUGAUGACGAUGCUACUGCAGCGCCUGUGGACGAUCCCGAAAAAAGCAAACGACGAUCCAGAGAUGAUGCUCCAGAAAUGGACCCAGCUUCGUCUCCCGAUUCCACCUCCAAGCGGCAAAAACUUACUGAAGACGAUGCCACGGCGGUCGAAACGGACGAAGAUGACUCGCGACGCAAUUCUCAAGAAUCUUCCAAUCAACACGAAGAAGAAUUCAUGGAUCCCCGCGAAUUGCACAAACAGCGUCUCGUAAAGUUGAGGCAAUACUAUUCUUCAGGAUCCUUCUUUGGCUGUCCUUCGGCCUACGUGGCCUAUCGCCUAGCGGCUCAAUUGCGGUUUGGCGACGAAAAGGAUCUGCUGUGGUUGGCCUGUGUGGGGGUCACGGAUGCUUAUCUGCACGCUCGAUUGGACUUGACGGGGUUUGCCGCCCUGUCUACGGACCUGAAAGAAUCCAUCUUUCGUCUAUUCCCCAACGACAUGUACGAACGAGUCUCCAACACGGUCUAUGCCGAAGAUUUGUUGGGGACUACGCCCUUGGAAGGAGAUGAAUCGCGGACUCGGAUUUCUCUUUCGGACAAUGGUCGCAUCAUUGCGCAAAAUGAUUUUCGGUUCUUUUUGUUGCGGCAAUCGAGUCUUCUAGAAAGCAUGGUCCACUCGGACUACAUUUCCACCAAGUUUCAAGUAUGGACCAAAAAGGGAAUGCAACGACUCCAAGAACUAUUGGCCAAAAUGGGAUAUCCGUUGGACGAAUGCAAACAGCCAUUUCACAUGAUGAAGCCGAGUCUCAAGAGACAAUUGCAACAUAAGUUGGUGGAGAAUGGGCCGGAAUACGAACUUGGCAACUGGCAGUUUACUAGUUUCUUUCGGAUUACUGGAUACCAGUCCCUUCUUUCGGCCAGUGAUACCUCCUAUGCUGUCACGGCUUUACUAGAGUGCGAGACUCCCACCUCCAAGGCAAUCGAAGAUGAUCCUCUCAACCAACAAGCUUGGGACGAGGAGAAAAUGAUGGUGGAGGCCUUUAACAUUGCUUACGACGCUCUCAAUUGCAAUACGACCCCCAACAGCGCCAAUGGAAGUGGUACUUGGAAUGGAGUCUUGGCGGAAGGCCGAGACACCUCCACUUUGGUCAAUGGCGGUAGCCUCUCGGGGAGUACGGGACUGGGUGCUGGUUUGCGCAUGGCCAUGACCCUCCAAAAAUUAGUCAUCAACACGGCGGUUUCGUUGGUGGACCGGGAGGCCAUUACUCGGUUGCGCCAUUUUCGAUACGCCUACCUCAACUGUACCAGUGCGGGAGAAAACAAGACGGCGCGGUCCGAAUUGGUACCUUCCAACUCGAACAAAAAAUCUGCCAAGGAUGAAGAACACAAGCAUCAUGUGUUUGCAAAACCCUUGGCACUGACCAGAUUGGCUCAUUUCUUGAUGGACAUGCACCGGGAAAAUGGCAAGUGGACGGGAGGCAAGUCCCGGCCACUGGUGUUGCUCGCCGAAAAGCCACGAACGGGGACCUACUUGGUAGUGGGCUACGAGUAUCCCGAACGGGCUGGGACCUUUAUGAGGAACACGUUUGGCAACAAUUUUGAAUUGACGGCCAAAUCCAUGAAUGGGACCUUUCGAUUUGAUAGCUUUGACAGCAACGUUGUUGAAGUCAAUGGGGAUGAUGUGCAACGAUUCAUUGAGCAAUUGCACUAUUUGAUGGAUUCAAUUUAA